AAAAACCUCUGACAGGUCAGCGACUGCGAACGUCGAAAAAGUUCCUCCUUUUGGUGCGCUCGGAAAAAUCGUCCCAAAUCGCCCAUUCGAAGCCAUUGGCCCGCGCCCUGGGGGCUCACAAUCGGUUCCCCGGUGUCUACCGAGCACGAUUCCGGUGUGGAGCUUGUGAGAAGCCAGCAGCAGCUCCAACAUGGCCGGCAGUAAAGGAGGAGGAGGAAAACCGAACAUAAACAUUGAGGAGGAUGUCCGGAUCGCGAUCCACUACAUGAUUGACAAGUUCGUGCAGGACGAGAAGCUGAACGAGUUUGACUUUCCGGUGUCGUUCACGCGGGAACACCGGGCGUACAUCCACGACUACGUCAAGAACAAAUCGCUCAAGUCGCGCUCGCAUGGAAAGGGCAACCAACGCUACCUGACGAUCUACAAGUCGAACAUUUUGUCGCUGAUUCACGACGAUGCGAGCCUGGAGUUGAGUGACACGUCGCAAAAGUACAUCCAGCAGGUGCUGAACAAGCAGGGUGGCUUCCAGAAGGAGAUUGCCGAUUCGUACGCGAACCGGAAGUUGUUUCCGUCGUUGACGGCGUACACGCUGAAUUUGGGUUCGCCGAACAAUUGCGGGAAAUGUGUGCCACCGCCGACGAAUGCGAGCAUGGCGGUGCUGCAGGAACGGCACCGGUUGCCGAUCUCGCCGUAUCGGGACACGAUCAUGAACUGUCUGAACCAGAACCAGGUGACGAUCAUUUCGGGCAGUACGGGUUCGGGCAAGACGACGCAGAUUCCGCAGUACAUUCUGGAGUCGAGCACGCUGCGGGGGGAACCGUGUCAGAUCAUUUGCACCCAGCCCCGACGGCUGUCGGCGAUUACGGUGGCGGAUCGGGUUAGUUACGAGCGCAACGAAAGCCUGGGCCAGACGGUGGGUUAUCAGAUCCGGUUGGAGAGUCGGCUCAGCCCGUUGACGAAUCUGAUCUUUUGUACAAACGGCGUUUUGCUGCGCUGUCUGAUGGGCAAGAAUGCCAACAGUAUUCUGAACGACCUGACGCACAUCAUCGUGGACGAAGUGCACGAGCGCGAUCAGUAUUCGGACUUUUUGCUGAUUUCGCUCCGGGAGAAAGUCCUGCAGCACACGAAGAUCAAGAUUAUUCUUAUGUCGGCCACCAUCGAAUCGAACACGUUUUCGCGCUACUUCAACAAUGCUCCCCUGAUUGAGAUUCCCGGCCGGUUGUUCCCGAUCGAGAGUUUCUUCCUCGAGGACAUCCUGUACCGGGUGGAUUCGUACAAUUCCAAAAUCAACGACGUCCGCCGCCAGUACAAAGGCACGCCGGACUUUGCCAGGGCGUUAGGCGGGCAGCAGCAGCUGCUCCGGUUGCCGUCGGACGUGGCCAGCACCGCAAACAUGGACGACGAAACGAUCCUGCUGAUGAACGACAUCUUGGAGCUGUGCUGGAUCGAAAACAGUCCGGACGACUUUAACCACUUUUUCUAUCUGGUCGAGGACGAGAACAAUCCGAUCAAUUUCCAGCACACGGAAACUAAGAUGACGGCGCUGAUGAUCGCCGCGGCCAAGGGUUACGUGAACGUGGUCAAGCGCCUGCUGGACAUGGGCGCCGAUCCGUCUGUCAAGGGCAAACACAACUUUACCGCGCUGGACUGGUCCGUCAGCAUCAACGGGUACAACGGAUGCUCGCAGCUGCUGGAAAUGGCCUCCCAGCAAUCGCAGGCACUCGCCGCAGCAUCGUCCUCUUCCUGCUCCUCGUCGGCACUGCUCGCACAGCAGCAAAUGCAAUCGCCGCCCAAACAUCUGGCCAAAAUCCUGCUGGACGUGUACCAAAGUACGACCAACGACGACAAAAUCGACCACCGGCUCAUCUUCGACGUCAUCAGCUACAUCUGCGCCCAGCUCGGCCCCGGCGGCAUCCUCGUCUUCCUGCCCGGGUACGACGACAUCCUGGAACAGUACGAACUGCUGAGCGGAAGCCGCUCGCUGGCCAACGGAAGCUUCCGCAUUUACAUGCUGCACAGCAACAUGCAGACCAACGAUCAGAACGCCGUGUUCAAGUCGGUUCCGCACGGCACCCGCAAGAUCAUUCUGUCCACAAACAUUGCCGAGACUUCGAUCACCAUCGACGACGUCGUUUUCGUCAUCGACAGCGGAAAGGUGAAGCAGAAGCACUACGAUUCCGUAACGUCCACGACUUCCCUGACGGCGACCUGGAUUUCGCAGGCCUGCGCCACGCAGCGAAGUGGCCGCGCCGGUCGUACCAAGCCGGGCAUGUGCUUCCGCCUGUUUUCCCGCCAACGGUUCGAAGCGAUGGACAAGUUUACGCUGCCGGAGAUUCUGCGCGUCCCGCUGACGGAGAUCUGCCUCCAGACGUCGAUCAUCGCGAGCCACACGUCGAUUCUGAACUUUCUCAGCAAAGCCAUCCAGCCACCGUCCACGAUGAGCAUCAAGCAGAGCAUCAAACUGCUGCAGAAGCUGGGCGCGCUGGACGACGACGAAAACCUGACCGAGCUGGGCUUGAUCCUGGCGGAUUUGCCCGUGGACGCGCGACUCGGCAAGAUCCUGCUGUACGGGAUCUUCCUCAAGUGUCUCGAUCCGGUGCUGACCAUCGUGAGUGCGCUCAGCGUGAACGACCCGUUUGUGCUGCCGACGAACGCCGCGGACAAGGACCGGGCGUCGAAAUCCAAGCGGGACAUGGCCGAAGACUCGUACAGCGACUGUCUGUGUUUGCUGCGGGCGUUCCAAAAGUGGAACGACGUUCGGCCGUCGACGAAGGAACGGCAGUUUUGCAAUCGCUUCUUCCUGAACUCGGGCACGAUGGACACGAUCGGCAGCUUGCGAACGAAGAUUCUGGGCCAUUUGCGAUCGAUCGGGCUGGUGAAGAGUUACGGCGCGGGGAACAUCCAGGAUCUGAACCAGUACUCGGACAGCUGGGCCGUGGUGAAGGCGUGCCUGGUGGCCGGGUUGUACCCGAACGUUUGCCGCGUGGACAAGGAAAACGCCACGAUCAAGACGCGCAUCGACAAGAAGAUCAGCCCGCACCCGAGCUCGGUCAUCCGGGACAAGUCGCUGAAGAAGAACAAGGAAAGCAUCCUGUCGCUGCCGUCGGAGUGGAUCGUGUUCGAGGAGAAGACGCGGGCCGGCAUUCACUGCCUGAUCAAGUGCAAUACGGUUGUGACGCCGGCGACGGUGGCCAUGUUCUGCGGGCCACUCUUCCUCAACGAGGAAGAAUCGCUCAUCCCGUGGAAGGAGCUGGACGAGUGCAACUCCGACAACGACGAGCACGACAUGUCCGACAAGAGCAAACUCAUCGUCGACGAUUGGAUCAACUUUGCCGUGGACAGUGACUUUGGCACGUCCGUGUUCCACUUCCGGCACAAGCUGAGCGCGCUGUUUCUCAAGUUUAUCAGCAACCCGCGGUCAUAUCAACCGAACGCAAACGACCAGUACCUGUUGAACACGGUGGCCCGGCUGCUCGAGGAGGAGGACCGCCACCUGGGCUUUGCCGGCCACAACAACAUUGGCCAGAAGCCCCGUCCUGUGAUACAGACGCACCAGAAUGCGGCCGCCAGCAACGGCUUCAACUUUUCCUUUGGGUCCGAUCUGCGCGGUGGUGGCGGCGGAGGCGUCGGCGGCGGCCACAACAACAACAACAACCGCCAGCAGCACCACAAACAGCAGCAGCAGUACCAUGGAGGAGGUGGCAAACAUCAGCACAACAGCAACAACAGCAACGCUGGCAACAACAACAACAACCGCAAAUCCGAGGCUAAGCAGCGAUUCUUUGUUGUGCACGCGGCGUCCGUUGAGGCUGUUCAGCAGGCGGCUGACUCGCAGGACGGAUGGAACUGGCAGCCCAAGCUGACGAAGCUGUUGAGGAAAUCGCCGAAUCUCAACAUGACCCUGUUUUUCCACAUAUCACAAAGCAAAUGCUUUUACGGGGCCGGGCGGCUCACGAUGGUCGCGAACCGGGCCCACCUGAACCUGUUUGCGCGGAGUACGGUGUCGUUUGAGGCGUUGAGCACCUUCGAGAAGAGCUACCUGCGGGGUCGGGUACUGGAGGAAUAUCUGGACGGGGAGGAACUCUCGCCGCAGUCUGGCCGCGAGCUGAUGGAGUUUUUCAAAAAGUAGACGAGAUCGUCCGUCAAAAAGAGAGAAAAAAAGUGUGCGAAUGGGCACACGCAAAACAGUUGAAACACAACAAACGAAGUAAAGUGUAAGAGUGAACAAAGUUAAAAUCAACAACAACACGUACAUAACACAAAUAGUAAAAUUAAACCAAGAAUCAUACAAAGCUAGGCAAGCAAACAACCAACACAACACACUCUCUAAUCUUUCUAGUUUCGAAUUAUUGUAUCUUGUCGAGCAAGCGGCAA